GAAGAAGUACCAUCGUCGAUAUCAUAUGCCGUUUUUAAGUCAAAAAGCAUUCGGUUCAACACAGAAGAAAGAAAUGGAAGAGAUAAAGACCGAGCCUGUCGAUUUUGUGAAGGAAUUUCAGGAGUACCUGACCCAGCAAACCCAGCAUGUAAACAUGAUCUCAGGCUCUGUGUGUGGAGAAAAGGAGUCGGUGGAGGCGUUUCAAGCCGCUGCAUCCAGGAGUGAGCAGAAUGGUCUGGAUCCUCCGUCUGUGGAGGUGAGCCUGUCAAUGGAGGAUGGGUCAGAUGUGCAGAUGGACGGCCUGGAGAGGACCUGCGAUGGGAAGUACAAGUGUAGCUACUGCAGCUAUGCCAACAAGGGCAUGGCUCGCUUAAUAGAGCACAUCCGCAUCCACACAGGAGAAAAGCCUCACCGCUGCCAGCUGUGCCCUUUUGCUUCUGCUUAUGAGCGCCAUUUGGAAGCCCACAUGCGCUCACACACUGGAGAGAAGCCGUACAAGUGUGACCUCUGCGCCUUCCGCUGUAGUGACCGCAGCAACCUGUCACACCACCGUCGCCGCCGCCACAAACUCCUGCCCACGAGGGUCGUUCGCUCUCCUUUCUCCAACAAGAGAAUGCUGAGUGCCUUGCAGAAGAGGACGGGCUCGCUGGGCUUCAGCAGGCGACUGCUCAUCAAUUUCAACCCUCCCCCCAUGAUCAAUGGAGGACCAAAGUCUGAUUAUCUGAAUGACUUGUCUCACAAGCUCCACCACCAUUUGAACAGCAAUGAGUAUAAGAAUCUUCCCAAGGAGGAUGAGAGUGAUAGUCGCAACAGGGGCACUAAUGGUUUGACAUUUAACAACCCACUGGACCAGCUGUCUACACUUGCUGGCCAGUUGGCAACCGACCUUCACUCUGAGUCUCACACUCCAGCAUCCCCAGACAGGGAGUCUUUAAAAGACGAGAAGCCCAUCCUCAUACAUCAGAUCUCUAGUGAACAGGUUGCAGUGUGUUCAAAUGCAGUGCAGACGUCACCACCCAAAAAAGAAUCUCCCACCUCAGGCCACGGGAGUUGCAGUCCUGUUCCUGGCCUUGGUUUUGAGAACAACACCAACACUCUUACUGCGAGUGUUAGCAACAGCCAGCCGAGCACACCCACUCCUGUCCUGACCACACUGGAUCAACAGCUCUUCCACAAAUGCCAGCAUUGUGAUAUUCACUUUUCUGACAAUAUCCUCUACACCAUUCACAUGGGCUGUCAUGGCUACGAACAUCCUUUCCAGUGCAACAACUGUGGACACAUGUGCACAGACAAAUAUGACUUUGCAUGCCAUUUUGCCCGUGGCCAGCAUAGAAAGUGAUUCUUUGCAACACAAAAGCAAAUGGAGUCUCAGAUCCUUGUAUUUUCCAUAUAUUGCUUGUACAUCCUUAAAACAUGGUGACACUGGUAAAUAUUUUUGUUAUGUACAUUUUACAAUAUGUUUUACACUCAAAAACUGCACUAUAUCUUUGGGGUAUUGCAGUUCCUCAUUGCUCCCAACUUUGAUCUUUUCAUAUUUGUUCAGAAUGGACAAACCCACAGAAACAUCUUGCGUUACACAGUCAGUGUUAGGUAAGGCCUUCUGACCAUUGUCCUUAUUUGCUAAUGCAGCUGCUUAUGUUUUAAAUGUCAUUGUGAUUUUGUGGAUUUGUUGUCUCUCAUCUCUUUUCAGUGAGUCACCAGGGUUUCACUCAGCUCUUUCAGCAAAUCACAAAUUACGCGGGCAGCUCCAUAUAAGACAUUUUAAAUGAAAGACCAAUUAACAGUAUUUAAACAUGAAUAUUUAAAGAGCUCCACCAGCUCAGUAUUCACUGCAGUGCUGUUAAACUGUCAUUUUGUCCAACAUCUGUAUAUUGCUUUUUAAGCUAAUUAUACACCAAAGUUUCUAUUUCAGUUAAAUUAGCAGGGCAUAUUUCACUGUGUAGAGGGAUGUUCAGAGACUGGCAGCCUAAUAGUCUCAUUUUCUGUUCAAAAUUGUGUCAAGCCAGGCUCAUUAUAAUCCUGCUUGCUGUUCUGAUAUUUAUUUAUACCUCACACCAUAGGCAGUAGAAGGUAUCCAACCAAAUUAGUCAGUAGUAUUUUUAGAUAGACUUAAGUAGUUUUCCCUUUUUUUUAAUUAUUAUUAAUUUAUACUGUUGAAGAGCUUUUUCUAUGAAUAUUUAUAAAUUGUCUUGUAGUUUUGUGGUACUGUACAUAUAUCUGUUUUUAACAAAAAAUCAAAAUUCACUGUAGCCACUUCUUAUGUAGUAGCUGAUUUUGAAGGACUUUAAAGAUUCAGGUUAAACCUAUGACUCUAAAAUGUAAUGUGAAGUAAUUUUACUUUUAGUAGUAAUUUUUGAUUUUGAGGGAAUCUUGGUAUAAAGACUUAUUCGCCUGAUUAACUUGUUUGAAUGUGAUCAUGUUAUUAUGGACAGAAGACAGGAAUUUUGAGAUUAAUGGGCUCUUAUCCCUUUAAUCUUAUAUGUAUGAUGUGUAUCCUGAUAAACAAGAUUAAAAUGUUAUCUGAUCAAGAUUUCAUACCAUAUUUGCUGAAACUGUGUACAUGGCCACUACAUGGUGGUUUAUUAUGUUUUUUCAUGAAAAUUGUUUCACUUAGUGCCACAAUGGUCCACAAACUG